AUGGCGUCUGUGGAUGAGCUUCUUCAGGGAGCUAUGGAUCUGCCAUUUCCUGCUCCUACUAAACAGGUGGCUGGGCUGGUAGAUGGUGUCAAAACUGACGUUAUGGUCAUGAACUUCAGUGAUAAGAUCUUGGUGACUAUCUCACAAGAAGGUCGCCUCGCUCAUUGGCUACAUGUGCCACUUGGAAAUUCAAAUCCCGGCACAGAUGGCAUGCACACCUUCUCCGAGGGAGCGGAUGAUGGUCUUUUGCCCCUCAGCAGCUUGACGGCUACCUCUUUACUUGGUGGGCAUGCCCCUGGACAAGAUACUACAGGCCAACUACUUGCUCGACAGAUAGCAACUUCCAUUGCAACUAAAUCUCCCGCUGAAAAGCGGCUACUAGUUGUUGGCUUAGGACUUGGCAAGACCGGUGAAGAUCGUGAUUCCUUCUUUUCUAUUAUCGACCUUGUUUUGCAGUGUAUUUGA